CAGGAAUGUAAGGGAUGCAGAGAUGCAAGGAAUGUGGACUAGUGGGGCUCUGUGGGUCCCACUAAUAACACCAUCUUGUAAUGAGGUCCACUAAAAGGGCAAAAAUAAUAAAUAACAUGGAUGUUGAGCCAAGUUUUUUAAGAGGGAUAAAAUAAUAAAUAUUAUAUCUUAUGAGUAUAUUUAGUGAGUUCAAAAAAUGAGGCUACCGUCCUGUUCAACGGUUGCUGGAAGACCGAAUAAUUUUCACUGCGCUCUAGGUCGAAUGGUCAAAUGGUACUUAUCUGAUCAGUCGUGAAAUUUUGCGAUAUGAUUUUUUACGUGGAACAGAAUUAUGAAGAGUGAUGCAAAAUUAAUUAAUAUAUACACAUAUUUUCGAAAGUAGUAGGAAUAAGUCGACUUUUUGUUACUGACUGAAAAAAUUGCAAUUUCUAUAACAGCUGAUGUACGGAAGUGAAAGAUUUAUUAUAACAUUAUUUACAAUAUGGCUAAUUCAAAGAAGAAUAGCAGCUGGCUGAUGCCAUCAUUUGAUUGUGAACCAGUGAAGAAAUCACCAGCAACUAAACGUAUUUUUUCUCAAACACUGAAAAAUGAUAUUUCACAAAUUCCAAGUUUUUAUGAAAUAACUCAGAAGAAAAAAAAUAUAAGUAGUCUGACUGCUUUAUUGGAAGCUUGUGAACCACGAAAAUCUAAUGAAUUGGUUGUAAGUAAACAAAAGCAGCAAGAAAUGUUAGAUUGGUUGAAAUACAAAAUAAAAAGAGGCCAACCCUAUGCAUUGAUUUUGUGUGGUCCAUCUGGUUGUGGUAAAACAGCAACAAUUAAAGUUCUUGCCAAGGAAAAUGGUUUUAAUGUUACAGAGUGGAUUACUCCUAUUGAUCAAGCCAUGGAUGAAAAUAAUAGAGUAAUGAGACAAGGAGAUAGAUUUGAGGAAUUUUUAGUUAGGGCUACAAGAUAUAGUUCAGUCUUGAGUAAUCACUCUAAACGUUUACUUCUAGUUAAAGAGUUUCCAAAUGUCUAUUUUGAAGAUAAAAAUAGCUUCCAUUCCCUUAUACAAAGAUACUUUGAAUUUGGAAAAGAACCUAUAAUAUUUAUAUGUACAGAAACAGGAAAUUCAAAAUUAUUGCAAACAUUAUUUCCACCUGAUAUAAGACAAAAAUAUGGCAUUGAUCUAAUCAAUAUAAAUCCUGUUACACAAACCGCGAUGAAAAAUGCGCUAAAACGAGCAUCCAGUAUUUUAAAUUCUAUUGCUGGACAGAUGCUGUAUGUUUGUCAAAGUAAAGUUGAUGAGAUACUAUCAAAUAGUAUAGGAGAUAUUAGAAAUUCGUUAUUAAAUCUUAUUUUUAUUUCGUUGAAAGUACCUGAAGAACAAGAAAACAACUGUAGCAGCAGAGAAGUCAAUUUAGGAUUACUUCAUGGCAUUGGACGAGUAAUUAAUCCUAAAAGAACCAAGGAUGGAAAUAGCUGGAAGUUUGUUCAUAAUCCUGAUGAAAUAGCAGCUUUUUUUCAAUCACAAGCAACAGUAUUCUUGCAUUUUCUUCAAGAAAAUUAUUUGAAUACUAUGAGAGGGAUAGAUGAAGUAAAUGCUUGUGCAAAUAUUUUAAGCUUAGCAGAUGCUUUAAAUUCUGAAUGGCGGGAUCCCAAUUUAACUAAAGUUAUUUUAUCCUUCGCUGUUCGAGGUGUGAUGGUAUCUAAUGAAAAGCCAGUUUCUGGAUGGAAUCCUGUUAGAAAGCCACUAAAUGACCGACUUGAUCAGACAAGAUGUUUGGCAGCAGCCGAAGUUCGGUGGUACGAAUCUAUAAUUAACUCAAAGUUAAAAAAUACAACGGAAGUAUCCAAUUUAGAUCUUGAAUCAGUUAUUGAUGAGUAACACCACGAAAAGGGUUAUAAAUAGGGAAACUCUGAUUUAUUUAUUAUGCUUUAUUUUCUAC